CAUAGGGAGCUGCAAUUCGGCGUUCAGCCGGUUGCUCUGGAGCCGGGUCGCGUGGCCGCCUGCCCGCUCGCCUCCUGUCAUGGGGAGCACCGAGAGCAGCGAGGCCCGCAGGGUGUCGUUCGGAAUGGACGAGGAGGAGCGGGUCCGGGUGCUGCAGGGCAUCCGGCUGUCUGAAAAUGUGGUUCACCGCAUGAAGGAUUCCAGCCAGUCUCGCCAAGCGGGGCAGCCUGCUUCCCCUCCUACCCCUCAACCUUCUACAGUUGGCACUUGCAAAGGCCCGGAGAAAGACUCCAAACUGCCCAGGUCUGAGUAUGGUGGUGGCCGGCAGUCCUCUGGGGUGGAGGAGGAUUUCCUCAAGAGGUAUAAACAGGAGCAGGCCAAGGUCCAGGAAGAGCUAUUCCAGGUGGUAACGAGGGAAAGAGAGGCAGCCACAAAGCACAGGAGUGUAUCCGUGAAGCGGGGGGAGGGCAGCGUUGACCAGGAGAAGCAGAAGUCAACCCAACUGGCCAGGGAGCUGGAGAGCCGGGAGGCAGAGCUGAGCCGCCGUGACACCUUCUGUAAGGAGCAGCUGGGGCGCAUUGAGAGGAAGAAUGUCGAGAUGUAUAAACUAUCUUCACAGCAAUUCCAUGAGGCAGCUUCGAAAAUGGAGGGCACGAUAAAGCCCCGCAGGAUAGAGCCCGUGUGCUCAGGGCUGCAGGCUCAGAUCCUCCGCUGUUACCGCGACCACCUACAAGAGGUGCUUCUGUGCUCGGACCUGGUCAAGGCUUACCAGCACUGCGUGAGUGCUGCCCACAAGGGGUGAGGAGCGGCUGGCCCUGGCACUGACUUGGAGCCCUGAAGAAGGAACCGGUUAUGGGACCACAGUCCACAGUCCCGUAGGCCACGGCCAUUUUCUCCUGGGUGCCUAUGGAUGCCUCUGUGCUUGGGGCUGCCACGUGUGUGAAAAAUAGAGUAUGUGCCACUGUCCAAAAACAAAUAAAGCAAAUGUCUUUGUUUUCAGUCA